AUGCAGAACAGAACUAGCCUCAUUCUCUGUGCUCUCGCAGUCCUGAUGGGUUUCCUGAUGGUCUGCCUGGGGGCCUUAUUCCUUUCCACAGGCUCAGCAUUCAACUGUCAGGGGAGCCUGAUUGUGUCCUAUUGGCUUCUGCCUCUGGGAUUUGUGAUCCUUCUGAGUGGAAUUUGCUGGAGCACCUACCACCAGGCGAGUGAAAGCAAAAGGAUGUUCAGCCACGUGCUCACACAACACCUUGCUCAUGGGGCCCUGCCCCCGGCCACAGUGGACAGGCCAGACUUUUACCCUCCAGCUUAUGAGGAGAGCCUGGAUGCCGAAAAACAGACCUGUCCUGCGGAGGGAGAGGCCUCUGACAUCCCCCCACCUCUCUAUACGGAGACUGACCUUGAAUUCCAGGAUGAAAAUCACACCCACCCCAAGGCCCCACCAUCGUAUGAGGAGUCCAUCGCCGACCUGGUGGCUGCAGCUGCAUUGGAGGAUGCUGAGAGGCAGAGCCCAGAGUGCCCAAGGCAGGGAAGGCUGACCUGCACACCUGACGUGCCCUCGCAGGAGGCAGCUGCUGGAAACAAAGGCAGAAGAGGGACGGUGGGAGGAAAAGCCAUGCCUGAGACCCUGCCCGAGAACUCGCCAAGGGGAUGCUGUGUGUGA